AUGGCGGGGCGAAGUGUUGGUCAGAGGAGACGAAGCGUCCCAGGGACUCCGCUCCCAUCACGCGUUUACAAAACGACUACACUUCGACCGGACCUCCUCGCCAAGGAGGAAGAAUAUAAGCGUUUAAAUGCAGAGUUGGAGGCAAAGACAGCUGACCUGGUUCGCCAAGCUGAGGAAAUAAUACGAGAGCAGCAGGAGGUACAGUCUAAGCCUAUUUCACAAAUCAAAUGCCACGAAGAGGAGGAGGAUCAGAAUUUAAGGGAUCUGUUAUCAUCUGAAGAGACAGUUCAUCUAGAUUCAGAAAUUAAGCCAAAGAUGAAAAACAUUGGUCCUGUAAACAAGGUUCAAAACAAACUACAUUCUGCAAAUAAAGGAAAGAAAACAAAUUCAAGUGUGAAAUUAAAAUGUUCUGAUGUACAAAUGGCCAGUGAUGUUGCCAUUCCAGAGGAUUUCUUAGACUUUUCUCUUGCAAAAACAAUUAGCAAAAUUGAAGGGCAAUUGGACGAAAAAGGCUUACCUGAAUAUGUAGAUGAUGAUAUUUUCUCUGGUGUUAGCAAAGACAUUGGGACAGAAGCUCAGAUCAGAUUUCUAAAGGCAAAACUCCGUGUCAUGCAGGAGGAACUGGAUAAUGUUGUAUGCGAAUGCAAUAAAAAGGAGGAUACAAUUCAGGAAUUAAAAUCCCAGGUAAAAAAUUUUGAAGAGGAUUGUGUGAGACAGCAACGCACAAUUAAUAUGCAACAGUCUCAAAUUGAAAAAUAUAAAACUCUUUCAGAAGAAGCAAACAAAAAAUGUGAUGGAUUACAGCAACAGUUGUCUUCAGUAGAAAGGGAGUUAGAAGAUAAAAGAAGACUACAGAAACAAGCUGCCACUAGUCAAAGUGCCAUAGAAGUUCGUCUGAACAGAGCUCUAGAAGAAGCAGAAAAGCAUAAAUUAGAGUUAAGUAAAUUAAGGCAAAAUAACAAGGAUAUAGCAAAUGAAGAACAGAAAAAAAUUGAAGCCUUAAAAUCAGAAAACAAGAAACUAGAAAAACAAAAAGGAGAAUUAAUGAUAGGGUUCAAGAAACAAUUAAAAUUAAUUGAUGUUUUAAAAAGGCAGAAGAUGCACAUUGAAGCUGCCAAGAUGCUGUCUUUCACAGAAGAGGAAUUUAUGAAGGCACUAGAAUGGGGAAAUUCAUAA